UAAUAUAUGUCAUACAUACGCUUUCCUUGCAACUUCCAUUUCAAGGAAGAAAAUUUUUGUUGGUGAGAUAUAUCAUCAGAAAUAUGAGGAGGGUGGUCCGCAAUAGCUUCUCAACAUCACCAUCUAAUACGAUCCUUCUCCUGGUCCUGGGCAGAAUCGCGGUUUGCAGUCUGCUUGCAGCCCCUUAUUGUGCAACUGCGCUCGGAUUCAAUCUCACUAGUAAUAUUAGCAGCAGCAGCAGCAUUGGGCCUCAGCUUGUCAUCAGUUCAAAUAUAAUUAAACUCUACGGAGAUGCUAACAUCUCAGACCAAGGCAUCAUCCAAGUCACCCCAGACGAGCAGGGCAUAUACCGUGAACGCAGAGCCGGCAGAGCCGUCCACGCCGACUCUCUUCAUCUUUGGGACAAGCCUUCUGGGAAUUUGGCAGAUUUCAGCACCAAUUUCGUGUUUGUGAUUGACUCAAACGGGAGCUCCAGAUAUGGAGAUGGGCUGGCGUUCUUUCUUGCACCUAUAAAUGAUGUUCCCAAUAAUAUCAAUCCGGGUGGAGCCAUUGGCCUUCCUAUGAAUCAAAUCAGCAACCACUCAUGGAAACCAAUCACCUCAUUUGUUGCUGUGGAGUUCGAUACCUAUCUCAAUGGAAUAGAUCCACUAACAUCAUCCAGAACCCAUGUGGGCAUCGACAUCAACACUACCCACUCGAACGUUACUCAAGAGUGGCUUAGCAACAUUACCGGUGGAGCAACAAAUGAGGCUUGGAUUACUUACAAUUCUAGUUCGAAAAAUCUGAGUGUUGUUUUCACCACUUAUCCUGUAAAUAACACAAGGGUCGAGGGAGCCCUUCAUUUCUUGGUUGAUCUACGGGACUACUUGCCGGAAUGGGUUGCCGUCGGUUUCUCAGCUUCAACGGGGGCAAGGUUUGAGACAAACCAUGUUAAAUCAUGGAGUUUUAGCUCGAGUUUGGUUGUUCCUAACAAAACAGCUUCCAGCCCCUUAAGCAAGGGACUGGUGGUGGGACUGAGUGUGGGCCUACCAGCUUUGGUGCUUGUGUUGGCCUUGGCUGGCUAUGUCUUCUGGAAGAAAACUAGAGCAGAGGACGAAUUUGCAGUUGAACUAUCUAUGGAUAAUGAAUUUGAGGCAGGUACUGGGCCAAAGAAGUUUUCAUACAAUGAACUAUCCUGGGCAACUAGUAACUUUGCAGAGGAACAAAAGCUUGGUGAGGGAGGAUUUGGAGGUGUUUACCGAGGUUUCUUGAGGGAAUUGAACUCCUAUGUUGCCGUGAAGAGGGUAUCAAAGGGGUCAACGCAGGGAAUAAGGGAGUACGCGUCAGAAGUGAAGAUCAUUAGCCUGUUGAGGCAUAGAAACCUGGUGCAGCUCGUUGGUUGGUGCCAUGAGAAAAAACAACUGCUGCUUGUAUACGAGUUCCUGGAAAAUGGCAGCUUGGAUUCCCACCUCUUCAAACAGAAAACCUUGUUGACAUGGCCAAUAAGGUAUAAAAUUGCUCAAGGCCUGGCCUCAGCACUGCUCUACCUCCACGAAGAAUGGGAACAGUGUGUGGUCCAUAGGGAUGUGAAGUCAAGCAAUGUUAUGUUGGAUUCCAAUUUCAAUGCCAAACUUGGUGAUUUUGGAUUAGCUAGGCUUGUUGACCAUGAUAAAGGAUCACAAACCACAAUUGUUUUGGCAGGCACAAGGGGUUAUAUGGCGCCGGAAUAUGUAGUUACAGGCAAAGCUAGCAAGGAAUCCGAUGUCUAUAGCUUCGGAAUUGUAGCGCUGGAGAUAGCUUGUGGAAGAAAAGCCAUUGACAAUAAGGUCCCAGAAAGCCAGAUGAUACUGGUUCAGUGGGUUUGGGACCUCUAUGGUACAGGACGACUGCUAGAGGCAGUGGAUCAAAAGAUUGGCACAGAUUUUGACCUGCAAGAAAUGGAAAGAUUAAUGAUUGUUGGGCUCUGGUGCGCGCACCCUGAUCACAAUCUCCGGCCUCCUAUUAGACAAGCAAUUCAAGUGCUUAAUUGUGAUGCCCCGUUGCACAUCCUUCCGGCAAUAAUGCCAGUGGCAACAUAUUUUGCUCCCCCACUAAAUCCCUUGACAUCUCUGGUUUCUUCUACCGAUGGCACCAACUUUUCUGACGGCAGCCAAGUCCAGUCUUCAAGCUAUAGUCACAACACUGAUUCUUCAAAGGUCACCUCUUCUUCUGCAUCUGCAUCACGUUUGUAUUCAACAGCAUGUUGAUUCUAACUAUAUCCGUAUGCCACCUAAAAUGUAUCUGCUACAUAUAUAAUGUAUAUUGUAUGAUUAUAUGUAUGUUGUUUCAAAAACUAACAUUGCAUUUUUGUUUUAGAUAAUAAGGUCUAGAAUAGAAUUGGAAGGUGGUGGUGGAUUGGUGGGGACGGUGGUUGACUAGUAGAGCAAUGAUCAAUGAUCAGAUAGGGAGGAGUGGGGGUUGUUCUGUUUUUGUUGCUUGGUGUUUGGAAGACUCGAAUAUAGCUCUCAUAUGUGUUGGUCUUGUUCCUUCUUUAUACAACCAGUGACUUCCUUAUAUGUAUGAUUAUGUGUAUGUUGUUUCAAAAGGGAACUGUUAUUUUGAUAACAUCUUCUCGCGCAAGUCUGGUACAAAAAAAGUAUGAUUGCCAGAAUAGAAUGUAAAUCUCAAACGUGGACAGCUUUGAUGAAGUAUGUUCUUUUCUAACUUAGAUUCAGAAUCCAUGAAUAUAUAUAAAGGACUCAUUCAAUCGCCCUUUCUCAUCUCUCUGUGUUUUGUUGUGUCAACUGAAAAGAGCUUUCUGAUGUGAAAGGGGUAAAAGUUGUGUGGACUGUGAUGUGUAUCUCCUCUGGUGCCUAUAAUUGUCAAUUUGGCAUGUCCAGGACGAAUUUGAGGAAAGGAAAUGCUACUUGCACACUUUAAUUUAACAAUUAUGGUGGCACUUAUAUAUUAAUAUAUUAUAUUGUGUUAUAUUAAUAUAAAUGCAUUUUAUAUAGGCCUUGAUUCUUCUGAUUUCUCAAUCUUCUAAUGUUAAUCUCGUGUGUGAUUUAACGUAUUUCAGAAUUAUUUUAAACGAGAUUCUCUCUAUUUUCUCCCCCCCUAGAUCUGCAAUGAAUCGCUCUACAAAGAUUAAAAAAUUGAAAAUUACUUUACUUCCACAAUUCAAACACAGAUUAGAGACUAAUUUACUUUUAUGAUUCAAAGAUAAAAUAAACCUUAAGCAGCAU